AGUUCGUUCUCUUCUUUCUUCCUUCUUUUCUUAAUGUCCUCUUUGUUUCUCUGGUUUAACCUGUAAACCUACUAAAGUUUUUAUCUUUCUUAAUUUUCUGAAGUGGGAAAGUUGGAUUUAGCUAACAUUAUGUUUAUGAAAAUUACAGAAAAGAAAAAGAAAAAAAAAAUCUGUUACAGUAUGAGCCAGGUUAAAAGAAGUGGACAUGGGAAGGGCAUUUUGGUCUGGGCAUUUGGGAAAAACCUGUAAGAAAAUGAUUAGUUUUCAGACCUUGUGGGUUUCCAUAUGUGUGUGCUUGUGGCUGGUUUUUGAGGUAUGAUUCGUAUGAACAAACAAAAUAAAAGGAGUGAGAGAGAGUGACAGAAAGUUGUGGGAAAGAAAGAAAGGCAAAAACAGAGGAGAAAGGGGAAAGCCCAUAUUCUUUUGGGUUUAGUCCCAUACCAGGUUGGUACAAAAAAAGCUUAAACCCCACUUUUUCUUUUUCACUGGCAAUAUUCAGUUUAUAUAUUUUUCUUAGAUCCUUUUGUGAACAUUUCAACUUCUGUUUUUGUUUAAUGGGUAUCUGUCACUCAUCAGCCAUUUAUAUAAAAUGCCAUUUUGAUUUCUUUUGGAGGAAAAAAAAUGGAACUUUCUUUCUUCUUCCAGGAAGAAAUGUGAUUUGUGGUUGUAUUCUUGUGUUGCUGUAGUUGAAGUGCUUUACUUUGCCCGCUGGCCACUAGCAAAGAUUCUCUCUUUCAAUCUUUGUGAGCUUUGCAAUCUCAAAGUCUUUGAUAGUUCAUUUUCUGCAUUGAUGUGCUUUCAUCUAAUGUCACUUAUUUGCUCAUAAAGCCUACUAGCUUUUCCUGUCCCUUCUUUACUUGGGUGCCUUUCCCUUUCUGAUAUAUAUUUUUUAGGAGCAGUGUAUAACUGGUGUGAGGAGUGACAUACAGAUUCAUGGGUUUUAUUACAUAUUCACCCCCCUAUAUGGGUAUAAAUAGAUAUGGCCAAUAUUGGUUUUCCUCAUUGCAGGAAGUCACCUUAGGUGUGUGCAUAUCGUAUAUUUUCGGGUCGAAGGGAUGAGCUACAAUACCUCCAAUACUGGUUCUGGUAGUAGAACUCCUAGAAGGACGUUUGAGUUUGGAAGGACCCAUGUGGUCAGGCCCAAGGGGAACCACCAAGCGACUAUAGUUUGGCUACAUGGCCUUGGAGAUAAGGGCUCAAGCUGGUCCCAGCUUUUGGAAACCCUUCCUCUUCCAAAUAUUAAGUGGAUUUGUCCUACUGCUCCUUCUCGUCCUGUAGCAUUAUUUGGUGGAUUUCCUUGCACUGCCUGGUUCGACAUGGGGGACAUUUCAGAAGAUGCUCCUGAUGAUAUGGAGGGGUUAGAUGCCUCAGCAGCGCAUGUUGCAAAUCUUUUGUCAACAGAGCCUGCUGAUAUAAAACUCGGUGUUGGGGGCUUCAGUAUGGGUGCUGCAACUGCCCUCUACUCUGCCACAUGCUGUGUUUUAGGGCAAUAUGGGAAUGGAAAUCCAUACCCAGUUAACCUAAGUGCAAUCGUUGGUCUAAGUGGAUGGCUUCCAUGUUCAAGAACUUUGAGGAACCGGAUGGAAGCGUCGAAUGAGGCUGCAAGGCGUGCAGCAUCCUUGCCCACUUUGCUAUGUCAUGGCUUAGGCGAUGAUGUGGUUGCAUAUGGACAUGGAGUGAAAUCUGCACAGGUCUUAAGUUCAGCAGGAUUUCGAAAUCUAAUGUUUAGAACAUACAACGGGCUGGGGCACUAUACAAUCCCUGAAGAGACUGAUGAAGUUUGUACUUGGCUAACUGCAAGUUUGGGGCUCGAGGGAUCCCGAUCAUACUAGCGGAAAAGAUCGGUGAAUGGCGAGGUGACACGGGGAAUACAAAUGAGGAGAUUAUUAUAAAAGACGAUUAGAAGAGGCAUACUAGAAUAGGUUGUGGUAUGGGGUAUAUUAUACAUACGGUAGUGGCAUUUCUUAUAGCUUCUAUUGCCGUAUAAUCUCCCUUCUCCUUUCUGUUGCUUUCUUUUUCUUCAAAUAACGUCCUAGCUGAGGCUCACUCUUGUACUUGGGCGCUGGUUGCUAUGAGAUUUGUAUGGGCGCUCUUGGUUCGGGUGGGGUAUGGGAGCUAGAUAGUCUCUUUCUCCGCAUCCACGAAAUUUUGUUGUUUUGAUAAUAAAGUGAUUGAAUAUA